AUGCCACGACAAAAACAACAAGCACUGUCUCAUCAAUUUGAUCUUCAAAAUUGGGUCUUGUUCGAAAUGUAUAAUAAAAUGUGUGAAAGUUCCGAUAUAAAGGAAAACGAUAUCAGUCAUGAAAUAAUAACAUAUUCUCCUAGUUUUGAAUCAUCGAUUCAUUUUAAAAAAUCCUAA